CCAUGCGUUCUGCCAGCAAGGAAGAAACCAAGAUGGUUUUGGAUAUCAGUACAUUGAACAACAUCAGUGCUGCUCAGCAGAAAAAACUGUUCACUUCAAUGAUGAGAUAUCUGAUUUUGGAUAUCAGUACAUUGAAAAACAUUUUCCCUUGCUUUGAUUUAUUCUACUCUUACUUGGUAGCUCUGCUAGAUUUGCACCUUUUCUUUCUUCCGUUCGUCUGAUACAUCAUUUCUAUGUUAUUUAUGCUUUCAGUAGAAAGAUUCGGUGCAUGUUUUUGGUUUUGAAGGUAGAAACCUGUAAUAAGUGUGGUACGUACUAUUAUUAUCACAACUCGCAGAACAUAAACCUGAUCUUUACUCUCUCCUACGCCCUACCAACAGGGAAGAAACGAGAGGGUUGAGGCUUCACAGCAGCUGUUCACUUUAACACUGCGAUUUCUCUGGUUUUGGAUACCAGCACAUGAACAACAUCUUGUUCUGAUUUGUUCCACUCUCUAGUUUUUGUACUGAUUUCUUCUGCUAGAUUUGCACCUUACUUUCUUACUUCGGUUGAAGCUUCUGUGUGUUAUUUACACUUUCAGCAGAAAGAUUCCGUGCAUGUUUUUGUCUUUGAUGGUAGAAACUUGUAAUAAGAGUGACACAUAGUAUUACCGUUAUGCUUAGUUUGAUUUAUUACUUGUUUUGUUGAAUGUGCAACUGUCAUAGCUGCAUAUUUCACUUCACAUGGCUGGACUAGCUUCCCAGAUGAAGAGAUACUGUGACUGCUACAAGAGAUGCGUGGACCAGGACGGAAAGAUGAAGUGUUUCCUCAGACGCAUGACUGCUAAUUUUAGACAUGGCAUGGUCAUACCGAACAAGUUCAUAGAGCAUUUCGGAGGAAAGAUCUCAAGGACCAUCGAACUGGAAUCCCGUAACGACAGCAUGUACACCGUUGAAGUCUCCAAGCUUAUGAAUGAAACAGUCCUCCGGCGGCGUGGAUGGGAGGCGUUUGUCGAUGCGCAUCGCGUCGAGGAGAAUGACUCGCUGCUGUUUCGCCACAUUGAGAAGUCACGUUUCGAGGUCCUGGUGCUCGACUCCGAUGACUGUGAGAAAGUGCUUCCCUCUGCUGGCAUCAAAGUUGCCUCUUGUAAUGUUCAAGAAAGCAGCAGCGUGGAUUAUAUUGAUAUAUCAAGCAGCGUGGGUUAUAUUGAUAUAUCAAGCAGCUCGGGUGAUGAUACCACAAGGUCGCCAGGGAGCCAACGCUUUGCUACGUCUGAAAGAGGCGACUCGAGCCAUCCUAGAAAAACUGCUGUAAUAAACGACUCCUCGUCUGAGGAGGAUUCAGGAGAAGACAGUGACGCUAAGGCAGAGGAACAUUCUGAAGAUGAAUCGUUUUUUGGGCUAGAUGAUGAUUGUCAGACACCUUGCACAGGGCGCGACUAUGUCUUGUCUCCAACGGCUCGUCUGUCUGGAGCUCAGGAGGAGAGAGUAACUAGGCUUCUCCAGGCUGUUCGAGCCGAGACUCCCGUGUUCGUGGCCAUCAUGAAUAUGAGCACACGGAUUCGUACUACUGUGAUCCCCAAGCCUUUUGCAGAGGAGCACUUCCCGCGUGAGAGUCAGAACCUGACGCUGCAGCGGCCAGGCAAGAGCAAGAAGUGGCACCCCUGGUUUUACAUCAGGAAGAGUCAAUGUGGGCACGUCCUCUCCGGGUCUCGCUGGGUAGGCUUCCUCCGUGACAAUGGCGUGCAGGAGGGAGAUCUCUGCGUCUUCCAACCAGUGAGGGGCACUGGCACCAGGAGCAAAUUCACAGUCCAUCUGCUUCACGAACCCUUGGGUGCAAGUGGAACCGGGGACUCGGAGGAAAGAGCAACAAUGGUGAACUCGGCAAAGGCGGCCGGGACACCCCGCGUUAACAAGGAACCAGAUGAUGGGUGCAACCAUGGUCGUCAGACUCAGAGAGCACGGCAGCUACCAAAGCCGGCGCGUCCCUACGUGUUGUCAUCCACCGCACGCCUGACUGAGGAGCAGGAGAGGGAGGUGGACCGGACAGCCCGCGCCAUCGGGUCUCGGGUUCCCGCCUACGUGUCGGUGAUGAACAGGAGCAGCGUCGGCGUGGGCAACAGGAUCUACAACGUAACCAUUUCCGGGGCAUAUGCUGCCGAGUACCUUCCACCCGGGGAGCGGGUCGCCGUGACGCUCGUGAGGAGGAAGCAGUGGGAGGUCGAGAUGCGGGCGAGCACCCCUGGCGGCGGCGGGCGGACGCUGGCGCAUGGCUGGCGCGGUUUCGCCCGCAACAACCGGCUGCGGGUGCAGGACGUGUGCCUGUUCCAGCCCAUGGAGAAGAACCACGGGAGCCUUACCAUGACGGUCCACAUCAUCCGUCACAGCGGCAAGCGGAAGCACUAGUCUCUCUUCUGUUUUGCCGCUGGUAGUAGCUCUUCUGCUUGUAUUGUGUGAGCUUUUGGUGGUCUUGUGGUACUAGCCUGAAAACUUUGUUGUGGUAGUAGUAUGCAUGUCUGGCACUAUGGCUAGUGGCUGCUCUCCAGAACCUGUGUUUAUGAAUUAUGAUGGCUA